ACAAUGCUGUGCACCCGGAACAGGAAGUAAACAUCAGCUGACUCGCCUUCGUGUUGUUUUGAGUAGUUUCUUGUGACAGUUUAAAUUGAGUUGUUUAGUCUCUUUAAAAACACAUUUCACGCUCAUUUGUCUUCGCUGCCUGUUCGUCAGAGUGAAGCUAUGUUACGACCCAAGGCGCUGACGCAGGUUCUGAGUCAGGCGAACACUAACGGAGUCCAGAGCACCCUCCUGCUGAACAACGAGGGUUCCCUCCUGGCCUACUCUGGGUAUGGGGACACUGACGCACGAGUGACAGCCGCCAUCGCAAGCAACAUCUGGGCAGCGUACGACAAGAACGGCCACCAAGCCUUCAAUGAAGACAAACUCAAAUUCAUACUCAUGGAUUGUAUGGAGGGACGAGUGGCCAUCACCCAUGUAGCCAACCUGCUGCUGUGCAUGUACGCCAAAGAGACGGUGGGCUUCGGAAUGCUUAAAGCCAAGGCGGAAGCACUGGUGCAGUACCUGGAGGAACCACUGACUCAAGUGGCUGCAUCAUAGUGAAGAAAUGUGCAUUACUUCCUUCUGCCUGGAAAAGAAAGCAUCAUGUGAUGUGACAUUCAUGGACUUCUGUAACACAAAGUGCUUAGUGCAUAUAUACAUAAGUGAGUGAGUGAACGUGCGUGUGUGAGUGUGUUUGUGUGAGACGUGUGUUGAGAGGGAAAUUCAGUUUAUUUAUAAUCAUGGUUUUGAUGCAACUAACAGCUUGUGUGAGGUUUUUAACUGUUUGUCUUCACUUAGUUUUGUCGGUUCUAAAAUUCCUCUGUUUGUCAGUAGGACGUUUGUGUGUAACUGCUGAAAUGAUUCCGCUAUCAGCUGCUUUCACGGUUAAUAGGCUUAUUCACUGUUAUGCAGAAAAGUGGCCUCACACACACAUUUUGAGCUGUAUGGAAAGUUCGUUGUAUACGUCGGUCUGAUUUAAAUGCAGCAAAUCUUAAACCUGUCAAAUAAAAAAAAUAUUGUAUUAA